AUGGCGUUACUGUUCCCGAUUCUGCUUGCGUCCCUGCGCGCGAUCGGUGUCGCUGUGACCGUCAUCUUUGCCGGGAUUCUGGCGACCCGGUUCAAGGUUCUGACGCCACAGGAGCACAGUUGCAUGUCAAAGCUUUCCAUGAAAGUGGCCAUGCCAGCCCUGGUAUUUUCGCGUAUCCUCUACUGCAACCAGUGCGCCGACCGGGAAGACUGCCCCCGCUGUGCUCCCUUCUCCGAGAUCAUCUCGUCCAGCUGGAUUCUGUUUCUGCUGCCUUUGGUGGUGGUGGCGCUUGGAACAUCUCUGGGCAGAGCAGUGGCAGAACUUGCACCUUCGAACUUUAGGCGCGGGGCCAUCUGUGCGGUGGCCUUUGGAAACUCCACCGGCAUGCCAGUAGUGCUACUGACAGUGGUGAGUCAAUCCAUGACCGCUUUCGGAAAUGGCCCUAUUGGGCACACCGAUCCCCUGCUUCAUCUUCCGGCAUAUCUUAUGCUUUAUCCUGUUUUACAGUGGGGUAUCGGUACCUGGCUGCUGACCCCUACUGCGGACGAAGAGAUCACGCUGACGAUCCCUCCGCCCUCCAAGUGUGGGCUAAAAGAGCCCAGAAUUCGGGGAAUAUGGUGCGGCGGAGAAGAUGCCUUUCCUUUGGGGCCGUGCAGGCAGGCCCUUCAGCACGCCUUGGUGCCGCCGGUAGUGGCAGCCCUGGCUGGGCUACUUGUAGCCCUUUCCCCGUUUCGAGGUAUUCUGGUGGACCUGGCCGGCCAAGCCAAUGACGCCCCGCUUGAAUGGCUGUAUGAUGGGAUCUUCAAGCUGGGGGAUGCCGCUGUGCCUCUGAACUUACUGCUUUUGGGAAGCUCCUUAUCCCAAGGCGCUGACCUCGAAGCCCUGCCACUCAGGGUGGGUAUGGCCAUCACCUUCUGCAAAAUGGUUGUGAUGCCGCUCUUGAUGAGCUUCAUCGUGUAUGGGUUGAUACGGCUUGUGGAAAGGAAGGAUCCAGCCAUGUGGCUCGUCGCCUUGAUUGUGACCUGCACGCCCACUGCAAACAAUGUGGGGAUCAUGGCCCACUUGGGUGGGCAAAGUGUCGAGUCAAUGGCUACGGCGAUUUUCAUACAGUAUAUCUUUGCACCCAUGCUCAUAGCUAUGUCACUGACCUACUUCAUGUGGCUGUUAUCUUGCGAAUGGUAUUUGCCGACGUCCUCGGUUUAG